UGGUCGAGAACAAGUCACAGCAACUUGCUAUAUGAGCCGUGAUCGAGCGGUUCCGAGCUGUCGCUGGACAAAAGCCCUGUCUCGAGAGUCGGCGAGUGACCCGCUCGCCCACCAGAAGAGCUGCCAGCGGACUGAGUGGACCAGGAAGACGCACUCGAGUGGUUGCUUGCACUGAUCGACACGAGAUGAGCGUUGCGGAUCAAGCGCCCCUGUCCCUCGACUCCGGAUUCGGCGGAAAUGUUUCCGUCGUCGUUGCCCCGAGCAACCUGCCACCCGAGGUCAGCUUCGCCGAUGCGACGCUCGUUUUCCCUGUCGUCGUGGCAGCAGCAUCGCUGGUGAUUCUACUCAUCCAACUAGGUCUGCGUUCGAGAUGGCAGCAUGCGAAUAAGGUCGAAGCACCUGCAAGUCCUCUACAGAGCCGUUCCAAGUUCUCGCAGUGGUUAGCAGAGCGCGGAGGACCCACCAUCUUCGCCUUGAACAUCGUCAGGUCCUUGUCAUGCCUUGUGUUAUCCAUUCUGUCCGUGGCGACUGCGGUCCACCCGAGACCCGAUGCAUUCAUCCCAAAAGGAGCGUACGAUAUCGACAUCUUGUCGGUGAUGUAUGCUGUUGUUCCCGCAGCCUAUUUGUACACGUGCACGCUCAGCGUCGCGGCGACUGUUCUCAAUACGCGUUCAAGCGUGGUAGCUAUACGACACCUGAACGCAGUGCUCCUCGUCACCUGGGGUGUAUACGUCUAUCGGGACAUAUGGCCGCUGGCCACGUACACCAUAGAUCCUCUGGAUGCCUCAGAGGGGCCCUUGUUGUGGGCUCGUUUCGCCCUGCUCACCCUCAGCGCCGUCAUAGUACCUAUCAUCAUCCCACACCCCUACUUGCCCUUCGACCCGGCGAAUCCAUGGCCGAACCCUCCAGCGGAACAGACGACGUCGUGGCUGUCGUUUGUCUUCUUUUUCUUCGUGGACGAGACCAUCAGAGACGCCUCGCGCGUAGAACAUCUUUCGCUUGACAAGCUGCCGCCGCUAGCAGACUACGAUGAGGCGGAGAACCUCUUGAAAGAGAGCCUUCACGAACUCGACCCCCUCCAGUCUAAGAAGCGCAGACAUCUUGCAUGGAGCCUCUGGAAAGUGUGGCGUCUUGAAUGGAUCAAGAUGUGCUUCCCUCUCGCAGCCAGUACUGCUCUCAAAUUCGUAGCGCCGCUCAGUAUCAGAUACCUUCUUGACUACAUCGAAACUGGCGGCCAGGGAGCGUCUGUGCGCCCUUGGUUCUGGAUACUCACACUUUUCUGCGGUCCCACCUUUGACAACCUAUGCGCGCAAGAGUACACCUUCCUGUCGACGAGGUUGCUGGUCCGAUCUGAGGCCGUCAUCACUCAGCUCAUCUUCAACCACGCAUUGCGCAUGCGAAUGAAGGCCGAGGUUUCAAACACGCCUGGAUCCGAAGAAGGCUCCUCCGCAACCCCAGAGAAACCCAGCAAGACGAAGAAUUUGACUGGGAAAGUCAACAACCUCGUCACUUCCGACUUCGCGUCCUUCACCAGGGGAUUUGACUGGCUCUUCCUUCUGGUCAAGGUUCCUCUGGAGCUCGGUCUUUGUAUCUGGUUCCUGUACUCGAUCCUCGGCUGGAGUGCACUUGUUGGCCUAGCAACAAUCAUCAUCUUGCUUCCUGCACCAGGCAUGAUGUCGGGCGCGAUACAUGGAGCGGAGGUUGAAAAGAUGAAGAAGACGGAUGCCCGGGUUCAGAGCAUCACUGAAGCCAUGAAUGUCGUCCGCAUGAUCAAGUUCUUCGCCUGGGAAAGACGAAUCGAACAGCAACUCUCCGAGAAACGUAACGAGGAACUCAUGUGGAUACGGAGGUCGAAACUGCUGAGCAUCAUCAACGAUAACCUGAACGACCUGAUACCUUUGCUGACGAUGGUGGUGACCUAUGCCACCUUUACAAUUGGCAUGAAGCGCGAGUUGACAGCAUCUGUCGUGUUUUCCUCUAUUGCAGUAUUCGAGACGUUCACCGGACUCAUGCACAUGAUCAUGGGGCUGAUCCCGGGAUACAUAUCAGCCAAGGUCGCGCUCGAUCGCAUGACUGACUUCUUACACAACACGGAACUCAUCGACGAGUUUGCGGAUCCCUCUGGCAAUGACCAUUCACCAGCCGCACAGCCGCACGAAAACGGCCAGGACGUUAUCGGGUUUAGGAAUGCGACCUUCACAUGGGCCCGCGACGAUGACUCCGGUACACCUGCGCUGAGAUCAGGGCAGAGGAACUUCAUGCUGCGUAUCGAUGGCGACGUUCUAUUCAAGCGAGGCUGCAUCAACCUCGUUGUAGGGCCGACAGGAUCGGGGAAGACCUCUUUGUUGAUGGCUCUUCUUGGAGAGAUGCACAAUAUACCCAUGGGGCCAGAUUCCUUCAGUAUGCUCCCGCGUUCCGGUGGCGUUGCCUAUGCAGCUCAGGAAUCUUGGGUGCAGAACGAAACGAUCAGGGACAACAUUCUGUUCGGUGCAACUUACGACGAACGACGAUACCAGAUGGUACUAGAGCAAUGUGCACUGAAGCGUGACCUUGACUUGUUCGUUGCUGGCGAUCUCACUGAGGUAGGAGAGAAGGGGAUCACUUUGAGUGGUGGGCAGCAGGCACGCAUCACACUCGCUCGAGCUAUAUACUCGAAGGCGCAAAUAUUGCUAUUGGAUGAUAUUCUUGCUGCUUUAGACGUGCACACGUCCCGAUGGAUCGUAGAAAAGUGUCUCAAGGGCGAACUUGUCCGUGGUCGGACAGUCAUACUAGUUACGCACAACAUCACAUUGGCAGGCCCCAUCGCCGACUAUGUGGUCGCAGUCGGGUUGGAUGGUCGCGUUGCUGGCCAAGACUCAAUUUCGAGCGCACUAGAACGAGACAACAGACUUGCCGCAGAAGUUGCAAAAGAAGAUGAAGAGCUUGCAAAGAAAAAGGAUACGUUAGAUGAAGAAAUUGGGGAUGAGACUGCCCAAAAGGUCGAUGGCAAACUGAUAGUCGAGGAAGAGGUUGAAGUGGGCCACGUUGGCUGGUCAGCCAUGAAGCUAUAUGUACAUUCGCUUGGAGGAGAACAUCAAUCGCUCUUCUGGCUCAGUUUCAUGGGUAGCCUAGUCGUGUUCAACAUAUUGAACAAUCUGCAGACCUGGUUCCUUGGAUUUUGGGCUCGACAAUACGAGGAACAUGAUGCUUCCGAAGUGCAUGCUCCACAAUAUCUGCUCGGAUACUGUGUCAUAAUGGCAGCGUCGAUUGGCUUCUACAUGACAGCACUAUCUGUGUACGUGUUGGGCACCCUCAGGGCGUCGAAGAUCAUGCAUCGGAGCUUGAUAUCAUCUGUAUUCUCUGCUACGCUGAGAUGGUUAGACAAGACACCAACAGCAAGAGUGAUCGCACGCUGCACUCAAGAUAUACAAGCUAUGGAUGAUCAGGUUGGUAGAUGGAUAGGUGUGGUCGUAGACAUGGGCACCGCGAUGUUGCUCAAGCUGGGCGCCGUGAUGCUCAUAUCGCCUAUCUUCGCCGUCCCUGGAGCAAUCAUCGCGUUCCUGGGCGGUUGGAUUGGGAGAAUGUACAUGAAGGCUCAGCUCUCAGUCAAACGCGAAAUGAGUAAUGCAAGGUCGCCUGUGUUGGGCCAUUUCGGAGCUGCAUUUGCAGGAAUCAUCUCGAUUCGCGCAUACGGUGCGCAAGAGGCCUUCAAGAGGGAGUCCUACGUACGCAUCAACCACUACACACGUGCGGCCAGGUCGUUUUGGAACCUAAAUCGCUGGGUUGGCAUCCGAUUGGACGUACUCGCCGCUCUUUUCACUGCUAUUUUGGCAGCGUAUCUUGUCUAUGGAAGAUCCAAUACUGCUUCUAAUAUUGGCUUUUCGUUGGUAAUGGCAGUCGGCUUCAGUAGUCAGAUCCUCUGGUUCGUCAGGGUAUUCAACAGACUGGAAGUCGCAGGCAACAGUGUGGAGAGGAUCAAGCAGUAUCUUGACAUAGAACACGAACCAAAGCCGACAGCAGUCGGUGUUCCCCCGGCCUACUGGCCUGCAAGCGGCCAGCUAAAGGUGGACAAGUUAUCCGCCCGCUAUUCAGAGAACGGACCGCGUGUCUUGCACGAGAUUUCCUUCGAGGCGAAAUCUGGGGAACGAGUUGGCAUUGUUGGUCGGACGGGUAGCGGAAAGAGCUCCCUUGCACUCGCACUGUUACGUUGCAUACAUACGGAGGGCGAAGUGUUCUACGACGGUCUCGCCACAGAUGACAUCAACCUCGACGCUCUACGAUCAAGCAUCACCAUCAUUCCACAAUCGCCUGAGCUUCUCAGUGGGACUUUGCGUCAGAACCUCGACCCGUUUCAGCAACACGAUGAUGCCCUUCUGAACGACGCGCUUCAAUCUGCCGGGCUUUUCUCUCUGCAAAGCAGCUUGACGGAGGGGAAGAUCACUCUUGAUACACAGAUCGCCGGCGGAGGCAGCAACCUCUCCGUGGGUCAGCGUCAAAUCUUAGCAUUGGCCAGAGCCAUCAUACGUCAGAGCAAGCUACUCAUCCUCGACGAAGCUACAUCAGCAAUCGACUAUGCGACGGAUGCCGCGAUUCAAUUGUCGUUGCGCAAGGAGUUAGAUAGAGGCGCGACAGUCCUCACCGUAGCUCACAGGCUGCAGACGAUCAUGGAUGCCGACAAGAUUAUGGUCCUCGACGCUGGUCGCAUAGUCGAAUAUGGGGAACCUCGAGAGCUACUAAAGGACGUGAACGGGAUGUUCCGCGCUUUGGUGGAUGAAAGCCCUGAUCACGACACGUUGCACUCAAUGGCGAAUCGCACAGGAGGAGAGUCGUAGUUGCGGUGUGGACGUAUAUGAUUUCUAACGGAUCUAGUGCGAGGCUGGCUGUACACGCCGCUCAUAAUACAUCAUGGACACAUAGUAUCUCGUGCCACCUUCGUCGUGAUUGCGGAUGCAUACGUUCCGCUGUGAAGUUGGGAAGGACUGUUAUCACGACGAUCAUUACUCAGUUGACCAUGCAGACAGCAGUUCAGACCCCCGACGCUUUGAAUCGAGAGCCGUGUUCACCUGGGUCAGUUGUAUGUAGUGAACGGAAACGCGUCCUGAAUUGCGAAAAUCUCAUCCGGAACAUAUGAAUAGUAUUGGAUACGUU